AUGGCCAUCCUUGUGUUUAUUAUCGCAUUGUUAUUCGUUGUUAGUUCGCAUGCAGAAGUUUACUUCGAGGAUCGGUUCACCGAGGGCAAUAUUGAUAAGUGGCAAAAGUCUAAAUAUGACGAAAGCAAGCUAGGUCUCUGCGAGCAUGCAAAACCAAAGGGGGAUUUCGAUGAUAGGGAAGAUGGUGGUAUACGAACAACACAAGAUGCCCGGUUUUAUCGAUACUCAGCACCAUUUACCAAGCCCCUGUCAAGCAAGGGGAAAACCGUGUGUGUGCAAUUUACGGUAAAGCAUGAGCAAAAUAUUGACUGCGGUGGUGGAUACGUGAAACUGUUGGGAGAGUCUUUCAAGCCAGAAGAUUUUCAUGGUGAAAGCCCUUAUGAAAUCAUGUUUGGUCCCGAUAUUUGUGGUUAUGACAAGAAAAUUGUGCAUGUUAUUUUCUCCUAUAAGGGCAAAAAUCAUCUCGUGAAGAAGGAUAUCCCCUGCAAAUCGGACACACUUACCCAUUUGUACACGCUCAUCAUCCGACCUGAUAACACAUUCGAGGUUUUAAUUGAUAACAAGACUUCUGAAACCGGUUCUCUCGUUGCCGACUUCGAUAUGAUCCCCUCAAAGACAAUUGAUGAUCCCGAUGCCGAAAAACCGGAAGACUGGGUAGAUGUGGCUGAAAUUCCCGACCCAGACGAUAGGAAGCCCGAUGAUUGGGAUCAACCCAAGACCAUUGUAGAUACGAAUGCCAAACAACCGGAAGACUGGAACGAAGAAACGGAUGGCGAGUGGACGGCUCCCAUAAUUGAUAACCCUGAUUAUAAGGGUGAAUGGAGUCCCAGGAGGAUACCAAACCCUGCUUACAAGGGACAGUGGAAACCACCACAGAUUCCUAAUCCAGAUUACUUUGAGGACGAUGAACUCUAUGCUCGCACUUUUGCUUACAUUGGUCUUGACCUCUGGCAGGUGAAGUCUGGGACAAUUUUCGACAACUUUAUCGUUUCGGACGAUGUUUCUGAAUGUCAAGCCCACGCUGAGUACUGGCAAAAACGAUUCACAUUUGAGGAAGAGCAAGAGAAGAAGGGUUUUGAGGAGAAGGAGAAGGAAUCUUCCACUAUCGAAAGUCUACCAGAAGAGAGUGGAGAUGAGGAAGUGGAUCUUGAAGAGGCCGGUGAUGCUUCCCCGAAGGAUGAAUUGUAG